AUGGCUGUUCUAUCUGGUUUUGGCGCUGUAAACCUCCCAUACAGUUAUUUAUCACUUUUCAUCAGAGAGAUUGAGGAAACAGAAAUCAAGGCAUUGGAAAGACAGCUGAUGCAAUCAAUUGAGACUUGUGUUUCAAAGAAAAAGAAGAUUAUUCUUUGCCAGAUGGAGAUGGAGCAGAAGCAAGGAUCUGAAGAGAAGUUGAAUGCUAGAUCUUUAAUUAAACGAAUUGUUGGUACGGUUGUUCGAUCUGUCCAAGAGGAUCAAAAGGAGCAAGAUAUUAAAAGCUUGGAAGCCGAAGUUCUGGCCUUAGAAGAGCUUUCAAAGCAAUUGUUUUUGGAGAUCUAUGAGCUUCGUCAAGCAAAGGAAGCUGCUGCUUAUUCUCGAACAUGGAGAGGACAUAUGCAGAAUCUACUUGGAAAUGGUCAUAUACAUUUCUUGGAGGAUCAGCGUCUACUAGAUAGUGCUAUUUCUAGCUCAUUUCUCUCCUGCAAGUAA